AUGAAAACAGAAAGGUGGUGCCCAAUCUCGGACUUGAACCGAGACCUUCAGCCUGACCGCCGCACGGGGACCCCUAUAGGCACACCAGCCACCUUGAACGUUAGAUGCCUGAUUCUGAAUCUGAUUGCGGGUUUUGCCGGACACCGAUGGCUCCUUGCUGCAGGGUGGAAGCAGGAGACGGUGCUAAAACACCCUGUGGCGCGUCCACAGAAGCUUGCCCCCAGGCCACGGCUCGUUGCACCGGGUGCGAUGUUUGUCCGGCAAUAG